AAACAAAUGUUUCUACUGCUAAUUUGGUUUUUUGGUUUAUUUUGUCCAGCAAGAGGAGAUCCUAUUGAUGUCUACUUUUUGAAUAAGCACUAUGAUCUUAGGGCCAAUGAUUAUUUUGAAGAUAAGGAGCAUGAAUGUGUCAUUACUCCCCCAGGAGCUGAAUAUAGAUAUUCACAACAGAUGACACUAUGCUGGAGGCAAUACCCAAUUAGGUAUGAAUUUCCAACUGGUCCAUAUUCUGGUGUGAUUUCACUAGGAACUUUAAACUCUGACAGAUCAGAUUUUGAUGUGUGUAGACUACAGGAAGGUCUUCUCUAUGGCAAUUGGGAUAAUGGCCCCUGGUUUGGGUUCAAGUCCAAAGAUAACCCUGAACAUAUCUGGGUUGGGAUGGGAACAAAUGUUCAGGAACUACAAAUAUGGCAGCAUACCUGUCUCUCACUCGACAUGAAGACAGGGGAUAUCAGGUUGUCUGAGAAUGGAGUAAUUACAUUUGCCACAUCCUCAAGCUUGCUUAAAGGCUUCAACACCAGGAUCAAUGACACCUUUAAGAUUGCAGCUCCAGGAUGUAGUUGGAGAAAAUUGCAUUCCAAAUAUCAAUCAAUUUAUGGGAAGGUUACAGAUUUUCAAGUCUUCAGCACUGUUUUAGCUGAGGAAGAAAUGAAUGCUAUUACAGGGAAGUACUUGUUACAUCAAAUGUUCACUGUGUAGGGAUCUGAUCUAUGAACUAAACGGAUUCAGAUCUAAAAGUAUUCUGAU